AUGUCCCAAGACAAGUACAAGUACCGCGUGGAAAUCCAACAAAUGAUGUUUGUGCUGGGUGAAUCCAACGACGCGCCAGUAGAAACCACAAUGAUUAUCGAAGAUAUAGUUCGAGGCCAAGUUAUAGAGAUUCUUAUUCAGGCUACCAAGACUGCUUCUGCUCGUGGAUCCAAAUCAAUUGCACCAGAAGAUGUUAUAUUUCUCAUACGGCAUGACAAAGCCAAGGUCAACCGAUUACGAACGUAUCUUUCAUGGAAAGACGUUCGAAAAAACGCCAAAGAUCAGGAAAGUGGUGGAACUGAAUCAUUGAUUGAAGGUGGUGCAGAUGCAAGCGGUGCUGGCGCCGGUGCUCCCGGAGGAGGUACUGGGGUUGAUUCGUCCAAGAUGCUUUCGCGGUACAAGAAACUGAGAAUACGGCUUCCCUGGGAGGUGCAAUAUAUGUUUUCUGAGCAGCAUCUCGAAGCAGCAGAUGAAGCCGAGGAGGUGGAUGAUGAGGAAAAAGCUGCCACGAUUGCGUCGUUGAAACGAUUAAAGAUGGCGGACGACAGAACUAGGAAUAUGACAAAAGAGGAAUACGUUCAUUUCUCAGAAUGUCGACAUGCUUCUUUCACAUUUCGUAAAGCCAAGCGGUUUCGGGAAUGGGCUCAAAUUGCUCAAUUAUGUGAUUCCAGGCCCAAUGAUGAUGUCAUAGAUAUCUUGGGAUUUCUAACGUUUGAAAUUGUGUGCUUUCUUACCGAGGAAGCAACGGCCAUCAAGAGCGCUGAAGAGAAAUUGGUUCAAAUGCUGAUGGUGAAAACCGGUAAAGAGAUGACCAAACGAAGAAGAAAAUAUCUAUUUGAUCGUCCUGACGAGCUAGCAAAGCCAUUGAUGCCGUAUCAUAUCGAAGAAGCAUGGCGCCGACUUCAAUCGUUGGACAACAAACAUAAGGCGGUGCGAUCAUUUGGAGGUGGACGCAUCAAGACGAGAACUGCAUUAAUAUGA